AUGGCAGUCACCGGCAAGAGGGUGUACAAUUGGUACAUCUCCCUCAUGGCGGCCAUGUGCAUGGUGCUCUACGGGUACGAUGCCUCCGUCUACAACUCUCUCCAGGGAUCCAAGAACUGGCUCGCCUGGGUCGACGUCGAUCUCAAGAAAGACACGCAACUGAUCGGUCUCGUCAACACGGCUUACACCAUCGGUGCCAUUGUCGCCGGUUUCUUCCUCGGUGGCCCUAUCGCCGACUACUUUGGUCGCCGCUGGGGCAUGGCCCUCGGCUGCUUCGUCACCGUCAUCGCAACCCUCAUGCAGACCUUCACCCCUCACCACAAGAUCGGCGUCUUCAUCGCCGGUCGUGUUGUUAUCGGUCUCGGACAGGGCAUGGCCCUUACCGCCGGCCCCGUGUACAUCGGCGAGGUCGCCCCUCCCCAGAUCCGUGGCCACAUCAUGGCCUGCUGGCAGAUGUUCUACUCUGUCGGUUCCUUCAUCGCCUACUGGAUCAACUACGCAUGCUCCAAGCACCGCCAGACCCUCGGCGAGUGGGACUGGCGCAUCGUCGUCAUCUUCCAGAUGCUCGUCCCCAUCAUCAUCAUGAUCGCCCUCCCCUUCCAGCCCGAGAGUCCCCGUUGGUACAUCAAGAAGAGGGGCGACGUCGACGCCGCCCGCGCCGCCCUGGCGCGCAUCCGUGACACGGAGCAGGAGAUCGAGGACGAGCUGCUCACCAUCCGCGAGGCCAUCGAGUACGAGAAGGAGGCCAUCAGCAGCAACUACUCCGCCCUGUUCAGGGACGCCUCCAUCCGCAAGCGUCUCUACCUCGCCUUCAUCCUCAACGUCGGCCAGCAGCUUACCGGCCAGGGAACCCUCAACUCCUACUCGACCGCCAUCUACAAGAAGGUCUGGCCCUCUGACGACACCAUUAACCUGAUCAACGCCCUCAACGCCACCAUGGGAAUCCUCUUCACCCUCAACGCCAUGUGGACCGCCGACCGCUUCGGACGUCGCUGGCUCUUCAUCGUCGGUGCCGCCGGUAUGGCUGUUUGCAUGCUUGUCGUGCCAAUCGUCGGUCUCAAGACGCCCACUGCCGCGGACGGAACCAAGAGCGAGCCCGUCGGCAUCGCCAUCGUGUUCCUGCUGUUCCUCUUCACCUUCUUCUACAAGCCGUCCUGGGGCGCCACCACCUGGAUGUACACUUCCGAGAUCUUCUCCGUCAACGUCCGCGCCCAGGCCGUCGGCAUGUGCUCGCAGAUGCAGAACGUCGCCAACACCAUCUUCCAGCAGUUCUUCCCGACCUUCCUGGCCAACGAGGGUCUCAAGUGCCUCUUCUUCUUCAUGGGCAUGAACGUCGUCCUCGGUGUCUUUGUGUACUUCUUCAUCCCCGAGACGAAGCAGGUUGCCUUGGAGGAUGUUGAUGUUCUCUUUGGUGGCGUCAGCCACACUGAGAAGGGAGGUCAGAUGAUGGGUGUCAACGACCAUCCCGAGGCUGGCUCUGCUUCCGACAAGGACGGUGCCCAAGUCCAGCAGGCUGAGAGGAAGGAAGUUGUUUAG